AUGUUAUCAGCGAUGCUUGUCAUGUGUCUGGAUGACUCGCUCACAGCCGCGUAUCGUCCAGCACCACCUACAUAUAAUCUGCCAUCCAAGUUGGAGGACUUUGCGAGUCUUGAUUGGGGCAUGCAGCCUAGCAACACGGACUCGGAACGCGAUUCAGACACCAUAAGUGAUCAGAGCGAUCCAAGCACGCCGGCCACGUCUGUAAGAGAUGAUGCUCUUGAACUGCCUUGGUUUGAACAGACGAUGCCGCCUCUUUUACUAGUCAUUCAAGCUCUCACUUCUUUACAUGAGCGUGACGAUGCACCUGUCCAACUCGCGCUCGCACGGUCGGCACAUCUGCUCCUGCUACGUAUGCAUGAAACUCUCGAGUGGGCAAGGCAGGACACUGAGAUGGAUCCUUGCGAGGCUUUGACGUGCUGUCUGCUUGAUCUUGCACAUCCUUCCAACGCUAAGACAGUCGUUGAAUGUGCGAGACAUGCUGUGCAAGACACGGGGAGUAUUGUGCUUUCUGUCCUAGACCGUGUGUUAGAUAUCGCACUAUCUUCUUUGUCUGGCUCUAUUACUCGAGUACAUGAUACCUUUGUGAGGAUGCAUGCAGACAGAGUUGCCGUAUGUGUGUCAGUUUUGUCACGAGAGCUGCGCGACGUGCAGUUUCAGUCAAUAAAUUCGGCGUUUUUGCGACUCGCUUCGUCUGACGCUCAGUUCGAACGCUGGAUCGAUCCUCUAGCACGUGCGUUAAGUAUGUCCAGCGAUGCGUUGGAAUUGAUCGCAGAUGACUCAGUUCCACAUGUAUCGCUUGUUCUUGCCGACCUGGAGCCCAGCACAAUGGAUGCACUUGCCCUUAUGUGGUCGGAAUGGGGCCAAGCGACAGCCAUAUUCCUGCAGUAUGCCGUACAAAAGGGAUCGACAGUUCGAUACCAAGAUGUAUUUGCCCUUCCCCUUUAUAUGAUGGAAUCUGCCCGGCUUUGCCGCCUCACAGACAUUGCGCGAGCACGCGCUCUCUUAUUCGCGAUGAACGAAAUGAUGCUAGGAAUGAGUGGUCUUUUCUCGGCGCGUGACACGGAAGUUUGGAUGGCUCUGCCGCAAGGACGCGCUAUCCGGAAAGCUGUACAUGCAUUCGCACGACGUGUUGUACAGAGUAUCCAACAUGCUUGGCAAGCCGAGUUGGAAGAACCGAAUGAUUUCGAACAGCGCUCGGAACAAGCUCAACAGUAUUAUGUCUGCUAG